UCCCGCCUUGAAAGCAAUCCGAUCAGCUGCACACACACCAACACACACUCACACAGAGAGAGACACGGUCAUGCAGAGGGAGAAAGCAAAGGGGAGGGAGAAGGAGAGGUAGAGCGCCACACACAACGAGGGAACCCCAUCAGCUGGAAGUCGAGUAACAUUACAACUCUCGGUAGCCUCAAAAAGAACUACAAUACACGGACGAGGGAUUCGGAUUUACUUUGAGGAUUUAACCCGCCUCGGAUCACGGGAUUUUUGUCAUCUGUUUCCCUUUAAAAUAAAGGAGACUGCCGUUUUGUUUUUCAUUUUAUUUUAUUUUAUUAUUUUGGAGAGGGGGGCCAAACUGGCGAGAGGCGAGCAUGGAGUAUUUCAUGGUUUCAGCUCAGAAGGUGCCCCCGCUGCAACAUUUCAGGAAAACGGAGAAAGAAGUGAUUGGUGGUCUCUGUAGCCUGGCCAACAUUCCUCUGACCCCAGAAACAGCCCGGGACCAAGAGAGGCGAAUUCGCAGGGAGAUUGCCAACAGCAACGAGCGUCGGCGUAUGCAGAGCAUCAAUGCUGGAUUCCAGUCACUUAAAACACUCAUCCCACACAGCGAUGGGGAGAAGCUCAGCAAGGCUGCAAUCUUGCAACAGACGGCAGAGUACAUCUUCACUUUGGAGCAGGAGAAGACGCGGCUAUUGCAGCAAAACAGCCAGCUGAAGCGGAUCAUUCAGGUACAGGAGUUAAGCGGCUCGUCCCCGAAGAGGAGACGGGCGGAGGAGAAAGAUGAAGGGAUCGGAUCUCCAGACAUCCUGGAGGAGGAGAAGACUGAGGAUCUGAGGAGGGAGAUGAUUGAGCUGAGGCAGCAGCUGGAAAAGGAGCGCACAGUCAGGAUGAUGCUGGAGGAUCAGAUGCGCUCCCUGGACGCUCAGCUGUACCCAGAGAAGCUGAAGGCGAUCGCCCAGCAGGUCCAGGAACAACAAGUCCAGACGCAGAGUCUUGUUCGCCUGCAGAAGCAGCUAGAGAGGGACCUCACUCCAGCACACAGCCCUCAGGUGUUGGCUCCUGCUACCCCGCCCGCACCCACACACCAUGCCACGGUCAUCGUUCCUGCGCCCGCACAAACUCCCCAGCCCCAUCAUGUCACCGUGGUAACCAUGGGCCCAACAUCGGUUAUUAAUUCCGUGUCCACAUCUCGGCAGAACCUGGACACCAUUGUUCAGGCAAUCCAGCACAUUGAGGGCACCCAGGGGAAGGGUUUCGAGGAGGAGCAGAGGAGGGCGGUCAUCGUCAGCUCGGGGCGCAUCCUCUCCGACGCUGCGGGCUCGGACACGGCCUCCAACAGCGACGGACCCGACGACUGCUCGCUGCCUUGAGCUCGCCUGCCUGAAGGCUCGUGUACCCUACACCUUCAUACACGCACACACUCACACACAGAAGGGCCCCAAAGAAGACCAGGGCUAUGGGAGACUACAAACUCACAGCACUCUUGUUCUGUGGACCUAAACCAGGCUGGUAGUCGGAUUAUAGCACUCGUUUUGACGUACUUCCCCCGAACCCCCAUCUUCUUCUCUUCAUCAGAUUUGA